AAAUUAAGAAAAAUAUCCCUUUGAAGAAACAAAAAACAAAGAAGGGGUUUCUGGCAGAAAGACAUGGAGACGAGUUUCAUCCGUCUUGUCUCCGUGUGUUUCCUACUCACCUCCUCCUUCACCUCUCCUCACUCUCUCCCCAUCCCACCUCUUCUUGGAGUUCACCCACUCGAUGAAAAAUACUAUGGUUCAGAGGUGAUCAACUGCAGGGAUGACUCCAAAUCCUUCACUAGAGACCGUCUCAAUGAUGAUUUCUGUGACUGCCUUGACGGAACCGAUGAGCCUGGGACUUCCGCUUGCCAUGCAGGAAAAUUCUAUUGUUUGAAUAGCGGAAGUACUCCGCGCUUCCUAUUUUCUUCUCGAGUUAACGAUCAGGUUUGUGAUUGUUGCGAUGGAAGUGACGAGUAUGAUGGUAGUGUCAAUUGUCCAAACACAUGCAUCAUGGGCGGGAAUAUUGAGUACAAAACCAUCCAUAGCUUCUCAAGAGUUGGUGAUCUUGGGCAAAUUGACAGAAAACAAUCCAAAAGUGGAGUUAAUUUGGACGACUUGAUUCAGAAUCUUACAGGUUUGAAGAUAUUAAUCAUCACACAAGUACUUCUCACUUUUACUGUCGUGGUUUUCCGGAUUCUCCGCCGUCGUACCAGAUCUAAAAGAAGACGUUAGCCUUGAAAGUCGUAUUGCCAUAAAUUGCUGAUUUUUAAUGGGAUACUCCAAAUAUGUUCAAGGAUUUCAAUACACGAACUUGGCUUGCCUUGGGAGGGUUUAAUAUGAGCCCUAUAUUAAGAGAGUUAUGGAAGCUUCACACUUAUCCAAUCGUUCUAUGGCAAGAGUUUCACUGUACAUCAAAUUUUCGUCCGGCAGGCGCACACUAAUGUAUCUGAAACUUGAACAUGCAGUAGAUUAUGCUGUAGGAGUUUCUGUCAUUGCUCAGAGUUGCGUCUAGCUUGUAAAGUAGAAGUACUCUUUGUUCCAUGUGUAUUUGUAGGCGCAAUCUUCUUGUUCUCUUGAAAAAUUUUGACCGGACAAAACCUUAGGCUUAGGCAAACGAAUUGCUUGCAUAAUGUCGUGUGGAUAAAUAUAUGAAAUGCCCUGCAAUGAUUU